CAUAGAGCAAACAAAUUUAUUUCGCCUGGAAAUUUAGUUGAUGUUUUAUAUAAUUAGUUCUCCGCAGGACUUUGAAUAAGAAGGAAUAAAAGUCGAACGCUAAGAAUUCAAGAAUCUUAUUUUCUGGAAAUCGUCGAUGUGUAUGAUUUGUUAAUGUUGAAACGCUUGACGAAGCCGUCUGCCGAGAAUAAUUUGCACAGAGAAUUGGACAUACCAAGCCAAUCAGUUUUAGCGUUUGACGUUGUCGUGGAAGCAAGAGCCUAUUUACAUUUUUCGACAGACUGAUCUUGAACGGGAUUAAGGCGUUGGAUGCCAAUUUCAGAUGUGCUUACAAACUGAAUAAUUUGCCCGGUCCUUUUGGAAUAUAGGGAAUUUCUUUAAGAACAUUUGAUACAGAUUGUGCGUGCAAAUAAACAUCUAUUAAAAAUAUUCAUUUUUAUUUGUCAACAAGAAGCUAAAAAUAAAGAAAUCGUACGCUAUUAAAACAGUAAUAGAAGAUACAAGGAUUGUAUAAUUAAGUUGUAAAUUGCUGCAAUGGAAAACAAAUUGAUUUAUAUUGCAUUAGUAUUACUGACAUCAUUGGUAAACAUAAACUGUGCAAAGCAACGAAUCCAGUCUUGCAAAGCAACGACACCGGACGUUCUUGGUCCGUACUACUUUCCCAAUCCGCCGCGCAGACGACAGAUAUGUGACAGAGAUCCAGCGUACCAUGAUCAGCGUCAUCUUUUAGUUGAGGGGCGGGUAAUGGACGAAUCCUGUCAACCGCUCAGUGGAGCUCGAAUCGAAGUAUGGCAAGCGGAUCACGAAGGGCAUUAUUUAUUCAGGGAUAACUGCCGAGGAUACUUUUUCUCUGAAAAUGGCGGCCAUUAUGCAUUUUUAUCACUUCAUCCGGGUACUUACUCUACGGAUCCUGAAGGAGGAUUAUUUCGACCUGCGCAUAUCCAUUUCCGCGUUCUGAAGCCAGGUUACGAUAUUUUAGUAACGCAAAUGUAUUUUGCAGGUGAUCCAAAUUUAGGACGGAAUGACUCGUGCACAGCGUGCUCAUCUGAUCGCUCGGACCUUAUUGUUGAGCCCAGGGAAAUGUGUCCGGACAAAACAGGAAAGUUUUGUUUUAGCAUAGCCCAUUUUGAUAUCGUCUUGAAGCGUGGUGGUGAUGUGUUGGUUGUGCCGGAUAUUGAUGAUUCUGCAAUGGAAUUGAUGGACAUUGCUGAGACUGGCAAAUAACACAAAGGUAAUUCAAAGAAGUAUGUCGUGAGUUAAUACAAUUUCUUUAAAGGUUUUUAGUGUAUUUUAACAUUAAGCUCAUUUGUAAGCUAACGGGAAACAUUAAUAUUUGUGAAGGAUUUUGCUGCACGUGGAUUGUGGCAUUAGUCACCAUACGACACACACAAAAAAAUGAAAUAAAAUGCAACAUACGGAAAAAUGACUAUACGGGAAAUACGAGACGGAUGUAUAACAUGUGACACUGUAUAUGAUGCUCUGUAAUUCUAGUGCGUGCUUUACAAGCUCUUCGGAACUAUCUAAAUAUUUCUUAUUGUCGUAUUUUAAGGUGAAAACAAUAAAUAUGACUUGUGUAAA